CGGGAUUGCGGGCCCACGGAGGAGCUCUUGCCCGCAUUUUGACCUGGGGUUGGGGGGCAAGGGGUGCGGGCGCCCCGAGCGCCGGCCGACUCCUCGCCGCCCAGGGAGCCAUGUGCUCUGCUCAGUCUGGGCCGCGGGGGAGGUUGCGCGCUUUGUGUGAACUGCUGGGAAUGUGAGCCCUGGUGCGCGACCGGGGGGAGUGUCGGCAGAGCUGGGGGAGUUGUCAGAAAGUUCCUGCGGGAGUGGCUGCAGGUGGCGUCGUGGGAGUGUGUAGGAGGGUGCACAGGGUGUUGUGUCUAAGGGACGCUGAACUGACUACUGAUGUGAUGACGUCCAGAGCUUUCCCCUUCGGGACAUGGUGGGUGGGCGGAUGGAUGCAGGAGUUGGGCUAGUUGCGUGGGUCAGUCUUUGGUGCUAGGCUUGAGGUCUGUAGGCAGUGUGUGUGUGUGUGUGUGUGUGUGUGUGUGUGUGUGUGUUUGCGUGCAGUAUGUGUCUGAAAAUCAUGGGGCUUGUAGGGCCGUGCCAGUUACCUGAGCGCUGUCGGAGUUGCGUGUGGGGUGGGCCGGAUGUGUAAGUGUGAGAUAUAUGUGGAGUACCUGCAGGACUGUAGGCGGACCUGGCGGGCAGGACACCAAAGUGGAAAGGCUCACCUAAGGUCCAGCCUAGCUCCUAGGCGCCAUGUCGGACAGUGAUCUGGGUGAGGAUGAAGGCCUCCUCUCCCUGGCGGGCAAGAGGAAGCGCAGGGGGAACCUGCCCAAGGAAUCUGUGAAGAUCCUCCGGGACUGGCUGUAUUUGCACCGCUACAACGCCUACCCCUCAGAGCAGGAGAAGCUGAGCCUUUCUGGACAAACCAACCUCUCAGUGCUGCAGAUAUGUAACUGGUUCAUCAACGCCCGGCGGCGGCUUCUUCCAGACAUGCUUCGGAAGGAUGGCAAAGACCCUAAUCAGUUCACCAUUUCCCGCCGUGGCGGUAAAGCCACAGAAGUGGCCCUACCCCGUGGUAACAGCCCCUCAGUGCUGGCUGUAUCUGUACCUGCUCCUACCAAUGUGCUCUCUUUGUCUGUGUGCUCCAUGCCACUCCACACAGGCCAGGGGGAGAAGCCAGCAGCCCCCUUCCCACAGGGGGAGCUGGAGUCCCCCAAGCCCCUAGUGACCCCUGGUAGUACACUUGCCCUGCUGACCAGGGCUGAGGCUGGAAGCCCCACAGGUGGACUCUUCAACACACCACCACCCACACCCCCAGAGCAGGACAAGGAGGACUUCAGCAGCUUCCAGCUGCUGGUGGAGGUGGCACUGCAGAGGGCUGCUGAGAUGGAGCUUCAGAAGCAGCAGGACCCAGCACCCCCAUUGCUGCACACUCCCAUCCCUUUAGUUUCUGAGAACCCCAAGUAGGCAUCUGCUACCAGGGGUGCUCAAGGCUCAAGCCAGCUGUUCCGGGUUUCUGGUUCGCUUCCCUUCCAUACAGAGGGUUUUCUAUGGAUCACUGCCAAGCAUCGGAUCAUCUCCUCUGUCCAGAAGUCUUCAGCCGGAAGAUGCCAGCUGGCAUCACUGCAUUUGACAGGGACCUCUGCUGACUGUCUCCAGGCCUCCUCAGUGAUGAGACCAAGAGAUUGGAGAUAGGCAUGGUGCUGCUGCUGCUCCUUCAGAGAAUCCUUGGGACCCUUUGUUCCAGCCUGCUUUCCUAGGCUGGGCUCAGGAAACCUGCCAAGUUCAGACCUAUGCUGGGUUCAUGCUGCUCCUGAGCUGUGCCUGUUUCUGUCAAACCUGGUGUGGACAUUCCAAAUUCCUAAGUGUGGGCAAAAGAAAAGAGGGACCCAGCACAUGUAAUGGCACCGACUCCAGUUGAAUGUUUAGAUUUUUGCUAAACUGUUUAUUUUCCCUGUUUUGCUGUGGUUUGCAUUAAGGGCAGUAGUUAGCCCAGGUGUGGGGAAUGAGAGUGCACUGCAAGAUGGAAGAUGGAGUCUGAUCCUCCCCUGGGAAUGAUCUACCACUGCAACUGGGGUUGUCGUACAAGGAAGGAGUAUUUUUGUUUGGGGGACCAGCUGAAUCUCUGCAUGAGAAAUUCCAAAUGGCUGUUCUGUUGUUCCUUUGGUUUACCAAAAAGCUGUUUGGAGCAGAAAAAGAAAUUUGGCAUUGGCUUUUUGCAUCAGGCACAGAAGGGCAUAGUCACAGCCAAGGGAGAGUCUAGCAGAACCUGACUCAACCUAGACAUGGAGUAGAGAAGGGUGAUAAAACCAGAGAUUUUUGUUUUUACUGUUUUGGGGUGGGGGUGGGGGAGUAAGUUAGACUGAAGCAAUGGACUUUUUUUUUUUUUUUUUUAAGCGCCUUGUUAAUAUUUUUCCUUUUUUCUUGAAGGCUUUGCCCUGCAGCCUGAGUUUUUAAAUUCCUUUAGGAACUUGGGACUGGAAUGUUAGAAGCUCCCAGCAUCUCCACUUGGGGAGCAGUGAGCCAUCUGCUGGUCAGGAAGCCCUUCUAGCUACUAGAACAGGCAAUUUUUCCCACAAAGGUGGUAGGAAGUUAUUCCUGAAGGAAGCAGGGAAUUUCCUGCAGUGGGCCUGGUAGCUUUGUCUUUGCUUCACCUUUCUUUAAACUGGAGUCGCAAGGGCCUUGCCUGAGUUUCCCAGUGUAACAUCACAUUUGGUCUUCACCCCCCACCCUUUUAAUUUUGCUGUUUCAUUGCUGAUAGUGUUCAACAGCAGUAUACCCCAUCUUUAUAUAUCUUAAGAAACACUAAUCCUAGAUUUUUAUUAGCCAAAAUAUUUUUGUUCUGAAUAAUAUUGUUACUGGGCCAAAAGACAGGCCAGGAGCUCUGGCCUGUUGUAGUUCCUGAUAUUACCAGGUUGGGCAUGAGGGGAAGGGGUUCCUGGGUGUUGACUGACUUGGCCAUGGCAAGGGCAUACGUUUUGUCCUUUAUCAGAAGAUCCCUGACACCCUCAGGGAGGCUCCCCUACCUCUCCUGAGUGACUUGGCCCAUCCCUUGCAGUGGGCAUGGGAAUAGGUUACUUACAGAAAGGGAGUUUUGCCCUUUGUAGAUGGGCAAGUUUCCUAGGCUCUCUGUUCUGCCUCCCUCUGGCCUCUUUGCUGCAGGGAAUUGGGCAUCUUCACCCUUGUGGGAUCCAGUUGGGGAAAGUCAACAUGGCAGCUUCAAGGUUAGCUGAAGCUGUGCUUCCACCUCUUCCACCCCAGCAGUGUCCGUGAGCCCAGCUCUGAUGGAACUGAUGGAGGACACCUGUAGUAGGUGACUGAGUGUAUUGGGCUGGGUGGGAUUUUCCUUUCCUACAGUGCACUGAACUGGGAAGGGGUGAGGGGAGAGGGAGCCAUGCUGCUGAACUCUGUCUGGCAUUCCCUGCUUGUAUAAAGGGGGCCUCUGCGGGUGGGACAGCUCUGCUUGGGUUUGGUUAUAAGAUAAACCUGGGGGAGAAAGCACAGUUGUCCCAUUGAAUUAUUUGAGCAAAAAACUACUGUAAAUAACUUUGUUUUUGUCUUUUGUCAAAUAAAAUUGUUCUGUUUUUGUUUAUUUUUAAAAUAUAACUUUUUGAUUGAUCCUCUGUGGCUCUGGGGACUGGGUACUCACUGAGUUUAUCCUCUGCCUUACCUCAUUCAUUCUCCCUCUAAUAGCCAUCCGUGUGGGUUUGUACACCCUGCACUCCUGUUUCUUUUCCCCAGUCCCAUUCCAGAACCCAUUCAUCACAGUGUAUGGGGGACAUAUGCAUCCCAAGCUGGCCAGUCUUCUGAGAUCAACAGUUAAACUUUGGGCGUGCUAAGUGGUGAGGGUGUGAACUUGGGGAAAUGGCAACUGUGUCCUUCCCCCCUGGGAAAAGAGCAUGAAGCCAGCACAGAGAAGUAGAUAUGAGACCAGUACUCCAGUCAUGUCUAAAGCCAGGACUACCCCACUUCCCUAUUGUAUAAACUAGUAAUUCCCCUCUUGGCUUAC